AUGUAUCCACGAUAUCAUGUGACAGCAGCACACCAUAUGGGACUGAUACUAGAUCUGAAAGCUUUCUGGAUCUGUCAAGAGCCCUGCUUUUCCAUGCGUAAUAUCUCCACUCCACCUGAUUCAACAAAGAGGACAAACGCAGUGUUCUAGUGCAGCGUUUGAGUUUUCCAGGCUCUCAUUGUGUUUGCCAGUGUUUGUACUGGAGCUCAGCGUACUGUUUAGGGGAGAGAGAGAGAGAGGGAGAGAGAAAGAGAGAGAGAGAGGGGUGUGAAAGUGAAGCUCUAUCAGUCUUUGCGGACUGGAGGUUCAAAAACAGCGGAAGAGAGAAAGAGAAAGAGUGAGAGAGGGGAAUCAAUCAGCCAUGGCAAAUAUCGCUGUGCAGAGGAUCAAGCGAGAGUUUAAGGAAGUGCUGAAAAGCGAAGAGACAAGUAAAAAUCAAAUAAAAGUAGAUCUGGUGGAUGAAAACUUCACAGAGUUAAAGGGUGAAAUAGCAGGACCACCAGACACACCAUAUGAAGGAGGCAGAUAUCAGCUAGAAAUCAAGAUUCCUGAGACAUAUCCUUUUAAUCCACCCAAGGUGCGGUUUAUUACUAAGAUCUGGCAUCCCAAUAUAAGUUCAGUUACCGGGGCAAUAUGUUUGGACAUUUUAAAAGACCAAUGGGCUGCAGCUAUGACUCUGCGAACAGUCCUGCUCUCACUACAGGCUCUGUUAGCUGCUGCAGAGCCAGAUGAUCCUCAAGACGCUGUAGUAGCAAAUCAGUAUAAGCAGAAUCCAGAAAUGUUCAAACAAACUGCCCGUCUCUGGUCUCACGUUUACGCUGGUGCUCCCGUGUCCAGUCCUGAGUACACACGCAAAAUAGACAAACUUUGUGCAAUGGGCUUUGACAAAAAUGCAGUAAUAGUAGCCUUGUCCUCAAAAUCAUGGGACGUGGAGACAGCGACAGAGCUGCUACUAAGCAACUGAUCAUCCAGUUCUCUUCAUCAGGCCAUAUUUCCCUCAAACCCCUCCUGCUUCAUGACCCAUUCACUCCCACCCAACCAUCCACACAUGCAUCAGCCAUCUUGGUUUGUGUUCAGAGUGAAUGUUUGGGUAAGAUCAGCAGUUAGACUGCAAAACAAUUAGUCAUCUUCCACCUCUAGCAAAUGUUCACGUCUUUUUCUUCCCAUCAUUUUCACUUUCGGUUUUUGCCUUGGUACAAUCAUUUUCCCUCUUAAAUUUAGGCUGUCACUUCCCUUUUAAAGAAACCCAACAAAGACAAAGCCUGUAUCACUGUCAUUUCACGCUAAAAGAAACUCCCAACUGCAUCUGUGAAACAAUGUUAGUACAUGUAAAUUAGUAUAUUUAAGGUUGUGUACAUUUAAAAGGCAGGAAUGUUUUUUCUUUUUCUUUCUUCUAUCUGUACACCAUAAAAUUGUUUUGGGAUAUGCUUAUUUGAAUAGGAUAUUUAGUAUUAAAAAACAAAAAUCUUUGAGAUUAAUAAUACCCCUUCUAUUUGAUGAACAAAUGUGAUUUUAUUUGCUCAUUUGAUUCUUUUAAUGUUUCUUUUGGCUUUCCUUUGCACUAAUCAGUCUGUAUAGUAGUGGAAAUGGCCAGAUGACAUGGUGUUACGUUGUGAGUGCAGACGCGGUUUCAUACUUGCUGGGUAAAGUGUUCAUUUUUUUUUAAAUAAAAAUAAAAGGAAGAUGCCCUUCCUCACUUUUCCUUUUUUUCAAAAAAAGGGGGCAAUUGGUGGCCACAAAUCCUUUCUCUACUUCUUUUCAAGGCAGCUGUAGGGGUUUGAGUUGAUCAUGGACAGAUAUACCUUGAGUUGCCUUUUUUUUUUUUUGAAGAAUGUAUUAUAUAAAACAACUUGCAUUUAAGUAUAAAAAGUUUGUACAUGUAGAGAUGAGAAAAAGUGAAGACAAGAGUUUCUCCUCUCUUGAUGAUUGGCUUUUUCUUUGUGGAACAAUCAAGACAGUGAGACAUUCAGUUUGGCAUCAAAAACUGUUAAGUCACAACUAGUUGGUGUAAAUGUUUAAAAGGGUCUCUGAGUGUGAGGUGAUUUUGAUCAUACCGCAUUUGUAUUAAGAUUUACACUUGCAAGCUGCAAAUAUAAUUUCAUAUUUCGCAUGUAACUGAUGUUGCAGGCAUGAAUCAAACUGCUAGAGUUUUCUAUUCUACAAAGAUGCUUAAAAGCAAAUGGGCCAAGAGCGAGUACUGCCACACAAUGCUUUGUGAACCUGUUUUUUUUACCUAGUGUUCUGUUCUUGCAGGGGUGAAAUGAUAAAACUUUUUUUUUUCUCACUUUGUUACUUGACCUGUCUAUUUGCUAGCAUUCCCACAUACCAUCUGUUUUCAUAAUGCCCCCACUUUCACAGCUAGUUGCUUUCAUACACCUUUCUCAUGUACAUACAGUCAAGUUUUUUGGGGGGAUAAAGUACUGUUCAUCUCUAGAAUGCACCAUCGAUGGCUGGAUUUAUAUUUUGUAUGAAAAACAAAAAUGGGACAAAAAAAACAAAAAGACUGUCUUCCUGUAGUGAUCACCUUGUUCAAUAUUGCACGAAGAAGUGAAAAGGACAAACUUCUGUCAAAGGAGAAAUGCAGGUCAUGGGCUCUGGCUUUAGUCACUUUACGCUCCUUUACAAAACGAGACAGAAAAAAACCUACUCGAGCCGUACAAGCAUGGUUAUUUAUUGUGAAACUGUCAUUCUUUUGAAUUAAAAAAAGUGAAAACUGAAAA